UACAUGGAGGUAGAAAUGAUUCCCACCGUCAAUAUUUACGACAAUUGGCAUGUAGGCAUAAAAUAGGUCAUGCUUUAUCAGUUGAACAUUAUGGUGUAAUGAAUGACAGACCAAAUACCCCAGCACCUAAACAAGAAAAUAGUGAG